AUGGCUUCUAUUGAUGAUGAAAGUGGUUUGUCUAGUAAGAAAACAGUUGGUAAACGUGGUGUGACCCGAUUGCAAAAAAUUCACAAAGCCAAAAGCAAUGGAAAGAGAAUUGAGGUUCAAUGGAAUUCCAGAGGUCAACCAAUCAAGCAUAAUAGCAAGACUUUUGCUAGUUUCAUUGGUGUCACAGUUCGUCGGUUAGUUCCAAUAAGCUUGGACAAUUGGAGCGCGAAAAAAAAUAAAGAGGCUGUGGGGGUUUAUAAACAAAACAUUUGGGAUGAAAUUGAAAAAGCUUUUAUAAUUGGCGAGGAACAUCGUGCCUUUGUAUAUAGAGAAGCUGGAAAGUUGCACAGGGCAUUCAGAACAAAAAUGGCGAGGUCAUAUCUAAAAGAUAGUAAGGGUGGUUUUGUUAAACAUCGUCCGGCCAAAUAUUCUUUUUGUAUAAAACAAGAUGAUUGGGAUAAAUUUGUAGCCCAACAUAUGACUGCAAAGUUUCAGAAAGUUAGUGAUGAGAAUCGAGAAAGAGCGUUAAAUCCUCAACAUCCCUAUAGAAAGUCACGUUUAGGGUGUGCUCGUCUUGAAGCUGAUAUGGUAAAAGAGUCAGAAGUUGGUGAGAUAAACCGUAGUCAAGUGUGGAAGGCUGCCCGCGUCAAUAAGAGCGGGGUGAUUGAUAAUGAGAAUGUUCAAAGAGUUGUGGAUCAAUGUGAGAAGUUAACAGAAGCUCUAUCUGAAGAAGAGAGACAAGACCUUGGUCCCACAAACAUAUUAUUUGAGGCUCUUAAUCUCCCAAACUACUCUGGACGUGUUAGGACUUAUGGUUUUGGGGUAUGUUCUAGGGACAUAUUACCACGCCAAAAUCGCCCCACACAAAUGGAUUUUGAAAAUUUUUAUGGCUUUUGUAAUUCACUCAAAAGUAGAUUGGAGGUGCUAGAGAGAGAAAAGAUUGAGAGAGAUAAGUUGGAUAGAGAGAAGCUAGAGAGGCAACAAACUGAAGAAGUGGAAGAAAGGCAACAACCUAAACAAGUGUCAGAGAGGUUGCAACAACCUGAAAAAGUGGCACAGAGGCAACACCUUGAACAAGUGGUAGAAAGGAAACAACCAGAAAAAGUAGCUGAGAGUCGACUACCUAGUGAUAAAGGUUCUUGCAACCCUGGAUCAUUUGGCAACAUUCCCGAGGGUCUCUUUCCUGUUAAUAUAUAUUUAUCCUCCCCGAGUCGUUGUUUGGUUGCUCGUGGAAAACUAUAUAACACCAAAGAUGGAGAUGUAUCCAUGGUUGGUCAAGCAAUAGGAACAAUUGUGCCAUGGCCAACGAAACUUCUUGAAUUUGUUGCUGAAUGUGAAAAGAUUCCUGGUCAAUCCCAAAACAAAGGUAACAAUAUUCAACACAGUGUUGAAUAUUCAGUUUCAUCACCCAACAAAAGUAACAAAAAAUUCAAAAUCGAAGAGUCUCUUAGAGUUGGCGGUUCAGCUGGUAUUGCAAAUUUACCUUUCCUUGAUAUGUAUGUGAAAAAGAUGGUGAGGGUUGGAUCAUUAAUUCAAAUAAAAAUGGAGGAAAGUAUAUUUGGUGAGGAGUUUUUAGAGCAACUACGUGUAGAGAGUAUAAAGGAGAUUCUUGAUCACAAUUGGUUAAGUGCAUCUAUUAUCACUGUAUUUUCCAGGUAUUUGUAUGACAAGUUUAUUAGUCCAAAUGGAUUAAUAAAUAAGUUCUCUUUCAUAUCUCCACAUGUAUCACGGGAGGAUAAUCUAGGAAAUGGUAUAGCAAAAAUACUUUUGAAAGAUGAGGAGUUCAAGGAUAAGAUGAUUCUUGCACCUUGUAAUCUAGGGAAACAUUGGGUGUUGCUUGUCAUCAAUCUCAAUGCUGAGGUGAUAUAUUACAUGGAUCCGUUGAAUGGUGAGCCAACAAAACAUCAAAAUUUUAAAACAAAGUUUGAGAACGCUUUGCAAAUUUAUCGUGCUAAUAGUAGUUCUAAAGUGCCUAAAGUGUCAAAGUCAAAGAAAAUCUCAUGGCAAAAAAUAAAGUGUCCUCGUCAAAUUAAUGGCGUUGAUUGUAGAUACUUUGUAAUGCGAUUUAUGAAAGAGGUCAUCAUGGAAAAUGAAUUUAUGAUCCCCACAAAUUACUUUUUUGACCACAAAUGUCGUACCUACUCUCAUGAUAAGUUAACUGAGGUUAAGGAGGAUUGGGCUACUUAUGUGGUGGAUGAUGUUUUCGGAAAACAAGAAGCAAUUAUUUUGCCUAAUUAG